UUGUUUAUUUUGGUAUUGUAAAAUGUUUUCUACAAAAUUGUUACUUUAUUUUCCUUGGUGCUUCUAUACAAAUUUCUCUUUAUAAAUUUUUACGUAUUUCCCUUCCAUUUUCUCUCCUUUCUUUAAAUUUGUUCUUUGAUUUUUGGAAAUUAUGAGAAUCUAUCCAAAUGCUGAUAUUUGGUUUUUCGUCGACAAGCCAGGCUGCUGGGGCAAGUACGAGAAGUAUGCCCCGCACCACAGCUGGAAAUUGCCGGUGCGGCCAUUCACGCCGAAGGUCAUGUACCAUUGGCGUGAUCUCGAUGGUGUCAAGAAGCCGGAGAUAAAGCGAAAGGAUCUCUAUUUCGAUAACUGGCCGAAGACUCGAAUUCGUGCACAGGCCUGCCUGGGCAUGCUCUAUGCCACUGGCUAUCGGUUCAUUAGGAUCUGCAAGGCACCACCGGCUGGCUUCAAGUGUGCACCACUUCCGGUCAAUCUGGUUGGCGCUUAUCAAGUCAACGCACAUUUGAAACAACUAAGUAAAGAAGCGAAGGCCGCAAAGAAAGCCGCUAAAAAGGCAGCAAAGGAAGCUAAGAAAGCAGCCGAGGCAUUUAAAAAUAGAGGCAAAAAGCGAGGAAGAUCAUAAACAAGAAUUAAAUUGUAUGCAAACUGAAGAAAAUUCUAGCAAAUUAUCUCUCAGGUAUUGUUGCACAAUAGACAUUCUGAUGCAGCUUUGGAUAAAAAUUGUCAAUGUUUUUUGGUUAAAUUAUUUCUUCUAGAUUUGACAUCUGACUGACUGAGUAUGAUUCAAUUGUAGCCAGAAUGGUGUUGUUGAAGAGUAUAUGGCAGGUAAAAGAAGUACACAUAGUAUAUAUAACAGGCAAUAGAAGAAUAGCAACAGCCGAGUUGAUUUCGUACUGCAAAACUGGUUUCCAGCAGAUAAUCUGAAAGCAAUCUAUUUAUUAUGGCAAGAGAAAAGUCAGAGAAGAAGAAGAAAAUGUGAUUAAAUUUUGUGUUAUAUUGAGGCAUAAAAGAUGAUAAGAGUUGUGUAAGGAAGUAUCCGUAUCGGUCGAAAUUGUCUGGAAUGGUCUAGCAGGCAGAGAAAAAUUAAAUUGAUAAUUAAGAUGCAGUCGAUAUUAUCGAUAUUUAAAUUAUGUAGAAAGCCUAUGAACGGAUCGAUCUUGCACCUAAUAACUGCUAGCGAAAUGAACGUUUUUAGCCUAAGUCCCUAUAUAGUUAAAGUUUGUUCAAAUAAUCUAUUAAAAUGUAUCAAAUAAAAAACAGUUGUUUAUAUAAA